UUUUAAUCUCAAUUCACAACAUGUCCAGUAACAAACGUAUUAAAGGACUUAGCAUUUCACGACCCAUCUAUUAUGGCAACACUGCGACACCUUUGACAGGAAAAAAAACAUCAGAUUCGGAUCAUACACAUAAAUGGACCGUGUUAUUAAGAGGUCUCAACAAUGAAGACUUGAGUUAUUAUAUCCGAAAAGUUGUCUUCAAACUACACGAAACCUAUCCCAAUCCUUUACGAAGUGUAGAACAACCUCCUUUUGAACUGACAGAAACAGGUUGGGGUGAAUUUGAAAUUAUGAUCAAGAUCCAUUUUCAUGUUGCCACGAGUGAAAAACCAGUGACAUUAUAUCAUCAUUUACGAUUACAUCCUUAUGAAGACGAUAUUAAUGGACAACCUUGGCCAAAAGAUAAACCUGUUUCUAGUUUGAUUUAUGAUGAAUUUGUAUUUAAUGAACCUACUGAACAAUUCCGUGAUAUCCUGGCCAAAAACAAUGCGUUACAACCUAAUUUGCCUGCCAAAAAGGCAACCAAGGAUCCUUUAGCACCUCAGUUUAGUGUACAGUUGGAACAAGAAGAAUUAGAAAGAUUGGACGCUGCUCAACGGGAAGUCAAUGCUCAAAUCAUUAGUUUGAAACAACGGAUGGCAGCUUUAGAUAGUGACAAUUGAUCUUCUUCUUUUUAUUCCUUUUGUUUGUACAUAUUCUUCUUCUUGACAAUAAACCAUUUAUUAUUAUUAUUAUUA